AUGAGUUUUUGGUCAACAGGUUUACCAUGGCAAGCUGUGGACUUUUGCAUCAAUGACAGGACGUUUGACUACUUUCCUACAGACGAGGCGGUGACAAAUUUCCGCACACAAAUGGACCUUCAAUGGGAUGAUACCAAUGACAGCCCGUCUAAGGUUUUUACUUGCCCCCAAUGCCAGGGCCAGGUGAUGAUUCCAUGGCAGGAACAACACCCGCAGAUCGGAUCAUUGGCACGGCCCUUUGAACAUGGUAGUGGCUUUACUGAUAAAACUCUCAGAACUAUGUGCAUUCAUUGUAGGGUCACUAUCACGCAUGAGAAAUUUCGAAUUGCAAAGUUCCGCCACGAUGUACUUCUCAUGCCAGGCACUAUUCUGAGCCGGAAUGGGAUGCCUGAAAAUCCAAGAGGUGAACGUCACAGCCCUUCUUUUCCCAGCAAUCUCAUCCAGCAAGCAAUUAGCAUUCCACUACUUGGUCUGGUGGACCUCUCCCAAAAUGCCCUUGCAUCAAUGUCUAUGAACGUUUCCCCGUUCAAAAUGAUGUCUCGUUAUUUGGGAAAUUCGUCACCCUUCGCUCUUGACUUAAUUAUAUGUGAGAAUCCAAAUGACAUGGCCGUUCCUACUUUCAAUGUCGAUCUUGCCUGGCACACCCACCAGCUUUCGCCAUUCCAGUAUUUCACAUAUUCCCCCCACCAUGCACAGGGCAGGUACAUCGACCACGACGACAAAGUGAUCGAGAAUAAACUCAACAUCUCCUUCCAAUGGACAUCAAAGCAAUACCAGGGAAUAACAGGAGGCCAGGCUGCGGGCCAACUCCACGACCGCGCAGAUAUCGACUCUGAUCCGUCUGGAGGCUUAAAUCGCAGUACGAAAAAGCCAUCAAACGAAAGCAGAAGCGUGGCUUACCUUUCCUUGGUGGAGAUAGUGAGCAGCGGCUCUCCUUCAAAGCACCGCUCAAGUUCAUCGACUACAAAUAAUGACGGACAAAAUCCAUAUGGUGCGAACACUCUUGUUUGGGGUCUACCGGUAGCAAUGUCUUUUUACAUCCCCUUCGCCGUUGAUCCAAGUAUCAAUGAGACUAUAUCCAUGCAACCCGUCGUGUGGUUUCUGUGGGAGGAUGCGGGUGGUUGGUUGAUAGUGGGGCCGGUGGCGGUAUUGGAGGGUGCAGCGGUGGAGGGUGCACUGGCGGAGGCGGUGGAGGGGGAGGGGGAAGUUGUUGAAUUAUGUUCUUGGCUCUUUACCAAUUGGUUUAUUGGCCAUGAAGUGUGA